CCUGACGGAUAACCAUAUCAUGUUCACACUGAACGGGGAGAUGCUGAUCAGUGACUCGGGGUCAGAGCUGGCCUUCAAAGAAAUAGAGACCGAAAAUGGCUUCAUCCCAGUGUGCAGCUUGGGCCUGUCCCAGGUGGGAAGACUCAACUUGGGUCAAGAUGUCAGCAGCCUUCGCUAUUUCACCAUCUGCGGUCUUCAAGAAGGUUACGAACCCUUUGCAAUCAACACAAAGCGGGAAGUCACCAUGUGGUUCAGCAAAAGCUUGCCUCAGUUUUCCCCCGUGCCCGAUGAGCACCCUCACUACGAGAUUACUUUCGGUCAAGUAUUAGUAGUGUUUGUAUGA